CCCUCUCCUUAAUGUGCAUGGGAUAGAGUGUAGAAAACGAGAAGCGGAGAGAGGAAGAGAAGCAAGAGUUGAGCCUCCAUGAGAAUUACGAGCUGCUUGUGUGUUGUUCGGAUGUACAACAGCAUGCUGUGGUUUUAACACAAACUGCGGAUACCUCGUACACAUCCAAGCGUUUCAGUUUUUGCGUUGGCAAUUAAAUUGCACAAACAUUACAGGACAGCGAGUGAACGCAGCAACAGAGAUGGGAUACAAUAGGCAUCUUUCGAAAACUUCGCUGUACUUAUCCCGCUGCAGAAUCGGCGCGUCUCUCCAUGUACUAUUCGCGGUUCUCCCAACAUUGUGCGCAGCUUUCAAUCUGGAUGUAGACAACCCUACGGUUUACAGCGGACCAAGCGGGAGCCACUUCGGUUAUUCUGUGGAGUUUUACCUGACCGAUUCUACAAGUGUCAGUGUUCUGAUUGGUGCUCCCAAAGCCAACACCAGCCAACCAAAUAUCACUGAGGGUGGAUCAGUGUUCUAUUGCCCCUGGAGCCGCAGCCAAUCACAGUGCACUGCCAUUGAGUUUGAUGUUAAAGGAGAUCAAAGUUCUUACGUCAAUGGCAAAGACCUCCAAGUGGAAUUCAAAUCCCAUCAGUGGUUUGGAGCCACAGUGAGAUCCCAUGGCAACACCAUCCUGGCCUGUGCUCCACUGUAUUACUGGAGAACCAAAGAGGACAUUCCCAUGUCAGAUGCCACGGGGACCUGCUACCUCUCUGUCAAUAACUUCACCAAGUUCGUGGAGUACGCUCCCUGCCGUACAGAGAGAGCUGGACCAGGUGGCCAAGGCUACUGUCAAGGAGGAUUCAGUGCUGAUUUUACAAAGAAUGGGAGAGUCGUUCUUGGUGGUCCGGGCAGCUUCUACUGGCAAGGUCAGCUGUUCUCGGCCUCAAAGGAGGAAAUCGUCAAGGCGUACUACCCCUCGUACUUCCUGCUGUCAGUGGCGGGGCAGGUGGAGACACGACAGGUGCAGGGCACCUAUGACGACAGCUACCUGGGCUACUCUGUAGCGGUGGGCGAGUUCAGCGGAGAUGGAAUUGAAGAUUUUGUGACCGGUGUCCCGAAAGGACUGUUGCUCUUUGGAUUAGUGUCUUUAUUGAAUGGGACCGAUAUGAAGUCAAUGCUCAACUUCACCGGUGAGCAGAUGGGCUCCUAUUUCGGCUACGCGGUGGCCACCACCGACAUAAACAACGACGGCCUGGAGGACCUCUUGGUGGGGGCCCCCACGUUCAUGGUGCGGGGGUCGGACGGGCGGCUGGAGGAGGUGGGGCGUGUCUACGUCUACCUGCAGCGGGGGGCCCUGGACUUUGCGCCCGGCCUCCCCUCCCUGACGGGGACCCAGUUCGGCAGCAGGUUCGGGAGCUCCAUCGCUCCUCUCGGGGACCUCAACCAGGAUGGGUUCAACGAUGUGGCUGUCGGAUCGCCCUUUGGAGGAGACCAGCAGCAGGGAUUGGUCCUUAUCUACCACGGACACGCGGGAGGCCUCAAGGCCACGCCUUCUCAGGUGCUGGCCGGCCAAUGGGCUUCUGCCACCCUCCCCGCGAUCUUCGGCUUCUCGUUGCGCGGAAACAAAGACCUGGACAGGAAUGGCUACCCCGAUCUCCUAGUGGGCGCAUUUGGAGUUGACAAGGCGGUUCUGUACAGAGCUCGGCCCAUCGUGAACGCCAGCGCCACCCUUCUGGUGUACCCCAGCAUGAUCAAUCCGGAGGAGAAGACCUGCAUGGUGUCCACUGGCAAUGAGACUUCAUUUGUGUCCUGUGUGAAUCUGAGCUUCUGCCUCUUUGCCGCUGGGAAGCACCUCCCGGCCCUUCUGGAGUUUGUGGUGGAGGUGCAGCUGGACAGUGUGAAGCAGAGGCAGAGGGGGGCGGUGAGGAGGUCUCUGUUCCUGCACAGCCAGCAGCCCGCCAUGCGGAGUACCCUGUUGGUGGCCAACGGGGCGCGCGUCUGCCAGGACACCAAAAUCUACCUGCGAGAGGAGAAGGAGUUUCGGGACAAGCUCUCCUCCAUCUACGUCUCCCUCAACUUCAGCCUCAACCCUGGGGCUCCAGCUGACGCCCACGGCCUGCGUCCCGUCAUCAACUACCAGGGCGCCGAGCUCGUCGAACAGAAGGCCCAGAUUCUGUUGGAUUGUGGGGAGGAUAACAUUUGUGUGCCUGAUCUGAAGUUGGCUGUUCAUGGCGACAGGAAGGAAGCGUACCUCGGUGACGACAACGCGCUGACCCUGACGUUCAACGCCCGAAACGAGGGUGAGGGCGGGGCUUACGAGGCGGAGCUGUACGUGGCCCUGCCCCCUGAGGCGGACUACAGCGGCAUCGCCCGCAACAACGAGACGCUGUCCCAGCUGACCUGCAGCUAUGAGACAGAGAACCAGACCCGUUAUGUCAGCUGUGACCUGGGCAACCCCAUGAAAUCUGGCACGAGUCUAUGGGCCGGUCUCCGCUUCACUGUUCCACGCCUGAAGGACACGCGCAGGACAGUACAGUUUGAGGUCCAGAUACGCAGUAAAAAUGAGAAUAACUCCCGGAGCGACGUAGUGCCUUACAAGUUGGAGGUGGCUGUGAUGGCGGACGUUAUUUUACAGGGGGUCUCUCGUCCAGACAAGGUUAUCUUCCCUCCGCCAAACUGGAAGGUCACUAAGAAACUGCAGGAGGAGCAGGACGUGGGGCCCUUGGUCCAGCAUGUGUAUGAGCUGGUGAACAAUGGGCCGAGCAUGAUUAGCCACACCCUCCUGGAGCUGCAUUGUCCAAUGAGAGUCCAGGAUCACUGGCUGAUGUACCCCCUGGAGGUGACAACCCAGGGGCCUGUCAACUGCACCACAGCCCACACCCUCAACCCCCUGCGGCUCAAGCUCCAGAAGUCCCCGUCGGAAACGCCCCCCGCGCCGACGCCCGGUCCCGAGCACCACGUCGAGAGGAGGGAGGUGCGCAAGGAUCAGCUGUCUCAGCUGCUCAACCUGUCGUGUCCUGGCGUGGACUGCUGGACGCUCAGAUGCCAGGUGGGGCUGCUGGAGAGGGGGACCAGCGCCAUUUUGAAAGUGCGCUCCCGGAUCUGGGCCGAGACCUUCAUGGAGAGGGCAUAUAAACAGUAUGUGCUGGAGUGCUCCGCUGCGUACAGAGUGUGGAAGCUGCCUUACGCCAUCGUCCCCAGAGACAGGCCCUCCGGAGCCAAAAAGGUGGUGACCCCAGUGAUGUGGAGUAAGCCAGAAGGCCAGUAUUCUGUGCCACUGUGGAUCAUCAUCCUGGCCAUCCUGGCUGGGCUUCUGCUGCUGGCGCUGCUCAUCCAUGUCCUGUACAAACUGGGCUUCUUCAAGCGAUCCCACCCGUACAGCACGGCCAUGGAGAAGGCCCAGCUGAAGCCCCCGGCUACGUCAGAGGCCUGAGAGCCGGGCCAGCCCUGGAAACACACCGGAGAAGACCGCGGACAAACCGGAGAAGCGCGUCAGUCACCAGACAGUUUGCAGCAAGACUGCAGCUGAAGCUUCAGGAGCAAAUAUCACUGGAACUCCACUGCACUGCACUAGAGAAAAAAAAAAUAACACAAAGCAAACUGAAUGUUUUUUUUUUUUUACAUUUUUUAUUCUGUUUCUGUCUUUUUAUCGAGUGUUGGGGCUGGAUUCCGAACGGCUGAGCACUAUGGAUCAGAGGAGUGGGCAGGUGUGUGGGGAGCGAACGCCCGUGGUGUGUUCACCCGUCCUUCGCUCACGACAAGCUGCGGCAAUAGACACGUUCUCCCUGUGCACGCGUUUCUGUUUCUCCUCGUCCUCUUUUUUUUUUUUUUUCUCGUGAGAAAAGAAAGGAAUUUUUCAUUUUAUGAACCGUGGAGGCUGGUGCUGUGAUCGGGCGGAAUGCGUGGACGUGACUUUGCGUGGUCGGUCGCUGCCCGUCUGCAGAGAAGGCAGAAAGAGAUCUGGCGUUUCAGAAACGUUCUGGAAUGCUCCAUUUCUGCUCUCGCGGAGAAGCAGAGAGUUCACACCGCAUAUAAAACCGAAGGCGGUGGGAAUUUCAGGCUUUUUUUAAAUAAAAAAAGAAAAGCAGGUGCGUUCUCACUGUCUGGGACCUCGCUGCCAAAGAUGUUCGUCGUAAAUGUCUGAUGUCAGGAGCCUCUGUAAUCCGAAAGACAUCUUUGUUUUUGGGCUCCUACAGCAUCUGCGUGUUUCCAGCGCUUGGAUCACUUCACAAAACUUUAUUUAACUUUUUAAAAAGAAUUUAGCCUUGGUCCUCAGAAGAGGGAGCACAAGCACAGGGCCCGUGUUCAAAAGGAGCGCACUGCGGAAGGAGGCCGGGCCCGGGGGGACCGGCUGUAAAUGUCCGGGAGAGACGGAGGGGUUAUUUACGGUCCUGCUUUUAGGGGUCCGCGGAGGCUCGCGGGUCGCCAGGGAAACGGCUGGAGGAACGACGGACGCGUGAAACGGAGGGCGCCCUGGAAGUGGAGGCUUUUUUUUUCCCCCCGCUGCACCGCGACGGCAUGGCUGCCCUCUGCUAAUACGCCGAGGAGCAGGAAGAAUGAGGGGUCAGAGGUCAAUCGAUCUGUCUGGAGGUUAUGGCUAUUUAGAGAUUUGUUUUU